CCGCCGCCGCCGCCGCCGCCGCCGCCGCCAUGCCGAUCAACAAGCCUGAGAAGCUGGACAAGCCAGAGAGCUGUGAUAAUGUCAAGGUUGUUGUUCGUUGCCGGCCUCUUAAUGAACGAGAGAAAGCCACGGGCUACAAAAUGGCAGUCAAUGUGGAUGAAAUGAGAGGAACUAUAACUGUUAAUAAAACAGACUCAUCCAAUGAGCCUCCUAAGACAUUUACAUUUGACACAGUGUUUGGACCAGAGAGUAAGCAGCUGGAUGUUUAUAAUUUAACUGCAAGACCUAUCAUUGACUCUGUCCUAGAAGGAUACAAUGGUACUAUUUUUGCAUAUGGGCAGACUGGAACCGGCAAAACUUUCACCAUGGAAGGGGUCCGAGCGGUCCCUGAGCUUAGAGGCAUCAUUCCCAACUCUUUUGCCCACAUAUUUGGUCACAUUGCCAAGGCAGAGGGGGAUACAAGGUUUUUAGUCCGUGUGUCUUAUCUGGAGAUUUACAACGAAGAGGUGCGGGACCUGCUAGGAAAAGACCAGUCACAGAGGUUAGAGGUUAAAGAGAGACCUGAUGUGGGAGUUUAUAUCAAAGACCUUUCUGCUUAUGUCGUAAACAAUGCAGAUGAUAUGGACAGGAUCAUGACUGUGGGCCACAAGAACCGUUCUGUUGGUGCCACAAAUAUGAACGAGCACAGCUCUCGUUCGCACGCCAUCUUCACCAUCACCAUUGAGUGCAGCGAGAAGGGGGUGGAUGGCAACAUGCACGUGCGCGUGGGCAAACUGCACCUGGUGGAUCUUGCUGGUUCUGAAAGACAGGCAAAAACUGGAGCCACGGGGCAGCGACUGAAGGAAGCUACUAAGAUCAACCUCUCUCUUUCCACACUGGGGAAUGUUAUCUCUGCACUGGUGGAUGGCAAGAGCACCCAUGUGCCCUACCGAAACUCCAAACUUACACGGCUCCUCCAGGAUUCUCUGGGGGGAAACUCAAAAACCAUGAUGUGUGCAAACAUUGGACCUGCAGACUACAACUAUGAUGAGACUAUCAGCACUCUCAGGUAUGCAAACCGAGCCAAGAACAUAAAGAACAAGGCCAGGAUUAAUGAAGAUCCCAAGGAUGCUUUGCUCCGCCAGUUUCAAAAAGAAAUUGAAGAGCUUAAGAAAAAACUGCAAGAAGGGGAAGAGAUAUCUGGUUCUGAGACCAGUGAUUCAGAAGAGGAGGAUGAAGAUGAUGAUGAGGAGAUUGGAGAAGAUGGGGAGAAGCGGAAGAAGCGGCGGGGCAAAAAGAAAGUUUCCCCAGAUAAGAUGGUAGAGAUGCAAGCAAAGAUUGAAGAGGAGAGAAAGGCGCUUGAAACUAAGCUUGAUAUGGAAGAAGAAGAAAGAAAUAAAGCCAGAGCUGAACUGGAGAAGAGAGAAAAAGACUUGCUUAAAGCUCAACAAGAGCACCAGUCCCUGUUGGAGAAACUGUCUGCAUUGGAGAAGAAGGUGAUUGUGGGAGGAGUGGACUUGCUGGCAAAAGCAGAGGAGCAAGAGAAGCUUUUAGAAGAAUCAAAUAUGGAACUGGAGGAACGAAGGAAGAGAGCAGAGCAGCUUCGCAAGGAGCUUGAGGAGAAGGAGCAAGAGCGCUUGGACAUCGAGGAGAAGUACACCAGCCUCCAGGAAGAAGCACAGGGGAAAACCAAAAAGCUGAAGAAAGUUUGGACCAUGCUUAUGGCUGCAAAAUCAGAGAUGGCAGAUCUGCAACAAGAGCAUCAGAGAGAGAUUGAAGGAUUGCUAGAGAAUAUUCGUCAGCUGAGCAGGGAGCUUCGUCUUCAGAUGCUUAUCAUAGACAACUUCAUUCCUCAGGACUACCAGGAAAUGAUAGAAAACUAUGUUCACUGGAAUGAAGACAUUGGAGAGUGGCAGCUGAAAUGCGUUGCAUAUACAGGAAACAAUAUGAGGAAGCAGACACCUGUCCUGGAUAAAAAAGAAAAAGAUCCCUUUGAAGUGGACCUUUCCCAUGUUUACUUAGCUUACACUGAAGAAAGCUUGAGGCAAUCUCUGAUGAAGCUGGAGCGGCCGAGGACUUCAAAAGGAAAAUCCAGACCCAAGACGGGUAGAAGAAAACGUUCAGCAAAGCCAGGAGCUGUUAUUGACUCUCUGCUGCAGUAGGUGGGACGUGUUCAGAAUGGCUGUGAAAAUCAGUGAGUGUAUCAGAUUUGGCCAGAAUAUGGAAUUCAAGAGAUGUUAUGAUUUGACAUGGCUAGAAAAUCCAUGCCUUGCUGGAAUGGAGUCUUAUUUUAAAAAAAUAAUGUAUUUUUCCUUAGUUGCCUGUAUAUUGUAUGUUAUAUUAACAUAAUAUUAAACUGGUCUAUAUGAUGGUUGUGAUAUUCCAUGUGUUAAAUGUGUUGUGCAGGGGAGCUCUUGUUGGCAAUCCUUGUUGAGAUGUAUAGAAGAUAAUGGUCCUAGAUAUGUGUUUAAGUGCUAGACACAUUAGCUCAAAACAGUUGAUGAAAUCCCCACAUUUAAGGCUGGUAAAUCUUAUGUAUGCCCUGCUUUGCACAUAACUGGCAGCUUUUCACUGUUGUCCUCUGUUGCACUGAACUGUGUGUGAAUGUGGCUGCUGCAAACCUUUAAAAGCAUCAGACCCUUUUAUUUAAAUACUCCUCACUGACUGUUAACUUGUUGGUCCUUUUCCCUUUUAUUUGCUGUACAAAGAAAUUAGUUGGGUAGGGGAAACAUGAACUACAAAAGCCUGAGAUUUCUGGGAGGGGACUAUGCUCUGAGUGCAACUGGAGGAAAAAAAAAAGUGUCGAAGUAGUGUUUACUUAGCUUAUUUGUGUGAUCUGCUGACUCUGGAGAAUGAGGUCUUUGCAGAGAGGCAAUAGAAGGCUGUUUUCCCUCCUUUUAAGGCUGUGUUGCAGCAUUGCUUUGGCUACUUUUUGUUGUUCUGAGCUAGGAUUUGUUAAAUGUAUGUGCAUUGUUUUGUAACCUGAACAGCAGAGACAGGGAAUGCUGUAGCACUGGGACUUGGCUUCAGCCUUCGGAUGGAGUGUUGUGGCUGUGUUCUCAUCCCUGGAUACAAGGGUGCUGGACCAGUGCUCUACACUGAGGAUGGGUUUGACUUGCCUGCGUUAAAACAGGCAUGAAUUGCUCAGUUUUCUCAGGACAGUAAUAUCCUCUGAAAUAGCUGAUGCUGUUUGUGUUCCUUUGUAGACUGUAACAUAGUGAGUUUCUGGCUGUACUGUGAGAGGGGAAAAAUAUGCUGGUUUCAUAAUAACCAUUUAUUUGUGGUGGCUGCUCUUUUUCUUUGAUAUUAAUGCUGCUAAUAGACACUUAUCACUUUAAUUCAUUGUUUUUGUGGAACAGAAAAAAUGCAUCUUUGGAUAGUAUGCGCUUUCUAGCUCCUACUGGAGCACACCAGUAUGUCCUAAGUGCUGUCAGAUAUCCCAGCUGUUCCCACCCAGGGUGGGGGUAAUGAACUGUAAGCUUCAUGUACUGCUGCCUGCAAGUUUAAAAAGCUGGGGUUGCUAAUAGGAGAAAUGAAAUCCUUAAGCAUGUCAGAAAGAAAACAUCUCCGUAGGUGUCCUGAGGUCUUGCUAGUAGCCACACUUCCACUCACCAAAAUGUUCUUGUGAAGUAGUUUGAGGAGUUAAAAUUUGAUAGCCCUUCCUCACUGUCAUGAUGCACAACUGGAGGUACCUUAUGGCUCUUAAUGGAUCUGUCACAGGGUCUGCAACAGUUCAAACUGGUCUUGUGAAAGUGUACUUUUUUCUGGAUGUAUACUCAGUGCUAUUCUAAUUGAGUUGUCAGCUUUUCCCUGUUUUCUUUUAAAUGUGUUUUUCAGGACCAUGACCUAGAAGGACAUACUGCUCCCUCUUUUGAGGGGGAAGGAGUGUCACCUAAGUUCAUACAAGCUCUGGCUUUGUCAGCUAAGUUCACAUGAGAUACAAAUACAGACGCUAUCAUUUUUCUCUAGUCUAGCACUUAGAGGUAAAUAACUCAGUUUUUGUCACUCUUGAGCUGUGGUUGGUUUUGCUCUUGAAGAGCUGAUUUUCCUUUUGAGUGUGCUUGGGUAGAGCUCCUGUGUUAUACUCCUCAGCAAAGGUGACAGACUGAAGAUAGCUUUUGUCUUAGGCCUUAUGUCAGUUCUGAGCCCCAGCAGACAGACAGCUGUGUACUUCAGGCCUGGACUGGUUCUCAGAACUGGGGAUAACUGUUUCCCUUUUGUGCAAUGCCUUGUUGAUGCUAAGACUUGUUGAAUUAUCUGUUUUUAAGGGAGUUUCUCUUGCCAUGUUCUUUCAAAGACCACUGAAAGCCUUUUCCUUGGCAGACAUCAGUGGCUUAAAGAAACUACUGAGAACUGUGACACUGCAAUUAAACUAUUUAGAACUUAACUAUAAAGGCAAAUGCUUUGAUUGGGUCAGUGUUAAUAGUCCUGCUGCUGAAAUAAUAGUACUCCACAUAUUUAAUUCAGCCUUGGGCAGAGAAAACAAACAAUUGCUUGCACACCUUUGUAACUAGCAGAUUGGAGAAACUGUGGUAAUCUGCUGUUACAGUGGUUUGGAGAACAAAUUACCAGCUCUUACAAGAGGACUUCAUUUGAAUUGAAACACUGUCGUGGUCAGGAUUCUCUGUCAGCCUGACUUACCUUUUAAUUGGUGUGAUUGUUGAAGUUCUGGGAACUUCCUUUUAAAACCAGGGAGUCUGGCUUGCAGGUUUACCAUAUGGGCCCUCUUUGUAGCCCCAGACAAUCUGAAUGUCUAAUGGGUCCAUGACAUGUUUUAAUGAGGAAGAGGUUUGGUUUGUGUAGGGUUUAAGAGCUUAAUACAGCCAUUCUCAUCCCAGGUCAGUAGGUGCUCUGUAGUGUUUAUCAAAGACCAUACUACCAUAAUAUAUACAGUGUGUGUGCUCAUCUUUGCAUUUUGCUACCAGAAGAUUCUUCUCAUUCCAGAAUGUUGACCUUAACAUUGAAGUUUUUCAUGCUUUCUGUUGUUUGCUGUUGUGUAAGUGAAUUACUUCAUAUUUCACUUGUUCCUGAUUCUUUAAGAGGAGGGGAAAAUGGUCCUUAGUGCCUUUCACUGGCUACACUGUCUGCACGUCCAGCUUUCACUUUUCUCAACAGUUCUGCUUUGCCAGUCCUGUGUAGAGGGAAAACUGCUACUUUGUAUAAUUUAUCUUCUUAUUUAUUGGUUCUCUUAACUCAGUUUAUUUCUGAUUAUUCUUUUGUUUAUGAUUAAACUUUAUUCAUUACACUGUAAAUAUCAGUGUUGUGUCCCUGGAGCAUGUUCA